GCGGAGUUACUGAGGUCUAAUCCAGGGUCCACUGUUCAGAUACAAGUGGAGAGACCUCCUGAAUUUGAGCUAGAGACACCACCUCCUGGUACGGACCUGAGACCACGAUUUCAGAGGAUCUAUAUCUGCUUGGAAGCUUGUAAACGGAGUUUCAUGGUGUGCAGACCCAUGAUUGGCCUUGAUGGAUGCUUCAUCAAGACUCCAUAUGGGGGUCAACUGCUAACAGCAAUUGGAUGGGACCCCAAUGAUCAGAUUCUGCCAAUUGCCUAUGCUGUUGUUGAAGCAGAGACGAAAGAUUCGUGGAGAUGGUUUUUGUUGAAUCUGUGUGAUGAUUUGGGAGUUGAUAAGAUCAGAUGGUGUACAUUCAUGAGCGACCAACAAAAGGGAUUGAUCCCAACUUUUGAUGAGUUGCUGCCUGGCAUAGACCACCAUUUUUGUGUCAGGCACUUAUAUAGCAACUUCAGAAAAAGGUUCCCAGGUGUUCAGCUAAAGAUUAUGAUGUGGAAGGCUGCAAAGGCAACAUAUGUCCAGGAAUGGGAGAGGAGGAUGAAGGAGAUUCAGCAGGUUGAUCAAGGAGCUUAAAAUCAUCUCAUGGAGAUCCCUGCCAAGUAUUGGAGCAAGUCCAGGUUUAAUUAUUUUCCUAGAGUGGAUACACUUGUUAACAACAUGUGUGAGUGUUUUAACUCUGUUAUUGUAGAGGCUAGAGAGAAACCGAUUGUUUCCAUGCUAGAAGACAUUAGGGUUUAUCUUAUGAAUAGGUGGUCUGAUAACAGGCAAAGUAUAGUAACAUAUGCCGGAGAAAUAUUGCCAAAAAUAAACAAGAAAAUUGAAAGGAAGUUUGAUAAGGGUGGGGAGUGGCUGGCCAUAUAUGCUGGUAGGGACAAAUAUGAAGUGUCUAGCAGUCAGGGUAAUAGAGCCAAGUUUGUUGU